ACCAAAAAAAAGGGGGCGAAGUGGGUUGGGGUAAUUCCAUCUAGAUUAAAAAUUAUUUGAGAGACAUAUAAUCCUUGAUUGGACUAUACCUUGAACAAGCCAGCUAUAAAAGACAUUUUGGGGACAAUGAGGGAAAUUUAGCUUGAUUUCCCAAGUAGCGCUCCCUCUUCUGUGUUCUGAAUGUGGACUAGGUGUUAGAUGACAUUAAAAAAUUAUUAACUUUAUUAGGUAUGAUAAAGGUAUCAUGGCUUUGUAGGAAAUUGCUUUUCAGAGAUGCAUGGUAACAGAUUAGGGAUGAAAUAUCAUAAUUUGUCUAAUUUACCUAAAAAUACUCCUGCCAAAAUAAAUGAAUAAAUAGACAAAGCAGGGAGGAAGCAGAAGUAGUACGAAGGGGCAAAUUAUGGCUACGGGUCAGGCACCAGGCCUGCUACACUGACAAUGACAUGCAGACACCUUACAGAGGCCUGCCGAGCCUGCCCAGACCUGACCUUGGUUGUGUGUCUUUGAUACUGGCUGAAUACGAGGUUGACAUAAGGGAAACCCUAUUGUAGAAAAGAAACCAUAUUGUAACUUUGAAGGAUCUCUGACUAACUAACCCAGCUGGAUAUGCACCGGCCAGGAGACCCACCUGCUCUGUAGAUGUUAUGACCUCUGCUUGUGCAUAUACCUCCCAGGGGCGAUAAGAUGAUAACUUCGUUCUUUUGAGUUCCUUAGGAAUGUGAUGACCCCCGAACAGAGAGUCUACGCUGAUAGCCAUUAUCAAUGAAAAGUGAAAGAUCCAGUGUGGCAACUCCUGGGUCAACAUUUCUAACCCCUUCUCCUGUAACCCACUGGCCUAUAUAACUGCUUCAAGAUUCUGUUCCCCCCUUGAGAUGGUUCUUUUGGACAUUAGUCAGCCAUCGUCCCUCUUGCUAGCAAGCUGUAAUAAAAUGCCCUUUCUAUGCCACCUUUGUGUGGUAACAUCUUCAGGCCCCAGCACACCCCGAGGUACACUCCAGCCACACAGGCCUUCUUUCAGUGGGCCAAUCGGUUACCUACCUCCAGGCCUUUGCACUGGCUGUCCCUUCCAGCUAGCAUGUUGUCUUGUCCCCACUCUUUGCCAGCUGGCUCUUUCUGAAGUCUUAGCCUAAAUGUCAUUGCAGAGAGACCCUCCCCCACAGAAACACCUGAAGUGGGUUCUGCUUCCGAGCCUGUUUUUUGUUGCUUGGCUGCACUUCCCACCAGCAGGUGGUGGUGAUGAUUCUGUUUGUAUGUUAUGCCUGACUGUGCGUGGAUACUUAGCACCACCACCGGGUCUCAAGUGCGCUCCCUGCGCACAUCUGCAGGUGCCUCUGCAUUGAGAGGUUGCCAGUGUUUCCUGCUGGCAGUGCCUACCCUGUCCCAGACUAGCCAAGUGACUUCUCCCAACCACGCAGACAGCUGCAACCCAGGACCUCAGACCUGACUCCACAUCACACCAGCACCGGACAGCAGGAAGCCAGGUUCCUCCACCACUUCCCAGACAGGUCACUGCCCCAAAGCCUUUGCCAUACCCCAGACCCCCUAGCUCGGGGGCCCACCCCGAACAGACCCUACCACCUGAGUGAAGAACUACACUUCCCAGUAGGCUCUGGAGGAGCGACCACAGUUCCCAGCAUGCUCUUAGCGCACUCCCACCCUGGCAUCAUCCCUGAGUGGCUGCCGGCUGGCCCAGAGCAGCGCCGGGCGCAGGGCCUGGCCACCCCUCCCACAGAAUGCCUGAGGGCCCUGAGCUGCAUCUGGCCAGCCGCUUUGUGAAUGAGGCAUGUGGAGGGCUGGUGUUUGGUGGGUGUGUGGAGAAGUCACCCAUCAGCCGCAACCCUGAGGUGCCCUUUGAGAGCAGUGCCUACCGCAUCUCAGCCUCAGCCCGUGGCAAGGAGCUGCGCCUGACACUGAGCCCCCUGCCUGGGGCCCAGCCCCCACAGGAGCCCUUGGCCCUCGUCUUCCGCUUUGGCAUGUCUGGCUCCUUCCAGCUGGUACCCAGGGAUAUGCUGCCACCGCAUGCCCAUCUGCGCUUUUACACAGCUCCACCUGGCCCCCGACUUGCCCUCUGCUUUGUGGACAUCCGCCGCUUCGGCCACUGGGACCUCGGGGGCGAGUGGCAGCCAGGCCGCGGGCCAUGUGUCUUGCUGGAGUACGAGCAGUUCAGGGAGAAUGUAUUACAAAACCUAGCUGACAAGGCCUUUGACCGGCCCAUCUGCGAGGCCCUGUUGGACCAGAGGUUCUUCAAUGGCAUUGGCAACUAUCUGCGGGCAGAGAUCCUGUACCGGCUGAGGAUACCCCCCUUUGAGAAGGCCCGCACGGUUCUGGAGGCGCUGCAGCAGCGCAGGCCGAGCCCGGCGCUGACCCUGAGCCAGAAGAUCAGGGCCAAGCUGCAGAACCCAGACCUGCUGGAGUUGUGCCACUCAGUGUCCAAGGAAGUGGUCCAGUUGGGGGGCAAAGGCUACGGGCCGGAGAUCGGGGAGGAGGACUUUGCUGCCUUUCGAGCCUGGCUGCGGUGCUAUGGCAUGCCAGGCAUGAGCUCCCUCCAGGACCGGCAUGGCCGGACCAUCUGGUUCCAGGGGGAUCCUGGACCUCUGGCACCCAAAGGGGGCAAGUCCCACAAGAAGAAAUCCAAGGGACUGCAGCAGGGACCUGAGGACAGAACGGAGGACCCUCCACCCCCAAGCAAGGCCCCUUCUAGGACACGAAGGGCACGGAGAGGCCUCCCUGAGCAGACUACAGCCCAGCAGCCCAAGGGGACUAGCCUCCAAAAGGACCCAGAAGCCCCUCCAGUCACUGAAAAGGGAAGAGGAGGGGGCAACCAGUACUCUCAGGUGGGCCUUCCUCAGCAUCCUCCUCUGGAGAGGGAAAGGGCACCACUGAAAUGGGCUCUCCAGGAGAAGAAGGGAUGGCAGUGUAGGUGGAAGGAAUGUGUGGACAAAGGUGGGAUCCCGGAAGGCUGUCUGGGCAGUCCUUAGCCUGGGGUCUGAGCUGCCACCUCACCUGUCCCCCGCUAGACACCACAGACCCCAAAGAUGAAGCCUGACACCCCACCCUUGGAGCCUGAAGGGACUUCUGCCUCUUAGCAGGAGGGUCUCUUUGCUUGCAUCCACCCUUCCCACUGCCUUGCGCUGCAUCUGGGAGCCUGUGUGGUUUCCUGGAAGCAGGUAGUGGUUGAAGGGGGCUGGAUGACCCUGGCCCUAUGGCUGUUCCCUGCACAACUAACUAUGAUGUUUUUAAUUGUACCCCACCUUCCCCAUUUUUAAAGCUGAUGUGAAAAAUGCUGUAUUUUUUAUAAACUGAUAAACUUGAACUUCUUGGCACUUCUUGGGCUGGCUGCAGAAAAGGUCUGGGAUGGCCAAGUUGGGAAGUCCAUCUCCUCAGCAAGGCAAACUGAGCCCCAUCCCAGUCCUCAAGGCCAUUGCUCUCAGAGGACAGUCUGCCUCUGCAGGGACAGCCCCUCAGAGGUCGUGCAUAGACCCUGGCCCAGGCAGUCCAGGCUCCAUAGCUCCUGCAGUCUGGGAUUCCUC